ACUAUAUCCUGUACUCAGCCCUUAACUUUUAUUUAACUGGCGGACUUUAUCUGGGACAGUACACACACCCUGGAAGUAAUGUUUGCCUGAGAGGUUACGUUGAGGGCAAAAAUAGCCAGCUUUUCCCCUGACUUGAGUAUUCUCCCUCUAGACUCAUGUUGGUAUUGUCAGACACGGAGACAGAGGAAAAAACGUGAACAGCACGCUAAACCUUCUUUGCCGAAUGUUUUAUUUAACCGUGUUGACAGUUAGUUGGCAUUAGUUAAUACAAAUAACGAAGUUGAAAAGAUAUAACUACAAAAUGACGGAACAGUCCUCCUUGUUACUGCGUAAACAACUAGCAGAGCUCAACAAGAACCCAGUGGAAGGCUUUUCUGCGGGUCUUGUAGAUGAUGAUGACAUCUAUCAGUGGGAGGUGGUCGUGAUCGGACCUCAGGAUACGUUAUUUGAAGGAGGGUUCUUCAAAGCCACCUUAACCUUUCCCCGUGACUAUCCUUUGAGGCCUCCCAAGAUGAAGUUUAUCACAGAAAUCUGGCAUCCAAAUGUGGCAAAAAAUGGUGAUGUUUGCAUCUCUAUCUUGCACGAACCUGGUGAGGACAAGUAUGGCUAUGAGAAGCCUGAGGAGCGCUGGCUGCCAAUCCAUACAGUGGAGACCAUAAUGAUCAGUGUUAUAUCCAUGUUGGCAGACCCCAAUGGAGACUCUCCCGCCAAUGUGGAUGCAGCUAAAGAGUGGAGGGAGGAUCCUACAGGAGUUUUUAAGAAGAAGGUGGCCCGAUGUGUCCGGAGGAGUCAAGAGAUGGCUUUUGACUAAAGCCUCACUCCAGUCGUUGACAUAGUUGGAACUGCACAGGGGAUUUGACAACUGAUUAUACUUCAGUCAGCUACAGUAGAUGAUUAUGGGGCACAAUUCUGUCAACAUCAAAUAGUUAGUCAGUAAGACAAAAAAGACUUGCAGGAAAAAAGUCUCUAAGCCCAUGAAUACUUCAGUACCAUCAGCUGUGCUUUUUUUGAGCUGUCAAAAUUUCUCUACCAAUUUUUGCCUUUCAGUUUGAGAGUUGUUAUUUAUGAAUAUUUUUGAAUGGCAGUGGCAAUCACACUGCCAAAAGUUCCCAUUUUACUUUUCAAUUUUCCAUCUUAAGAUGGACAAGACAGUCUUUCUGCUCAAGCAUCAGUCUUUCACUCAAAGAAAAAUCAAUUACACAGGUUAUUGAUGUUUUCCGUUAUGUGCAUACUUUUUGGGAAAAAUUGCUCUUAUAAAUGCACCAUUUCCAAAUUUAGUUUACUUCAUAUAUAUACUUAUUUAUUUAGACUGAGACUAUUUUAAGAUGCAUAUUGUCUGUUUUGGAGGCUUUUUCUCUUUAUUUUCAGCCUGCCACACUGAGCCAUCCAGUCUAUUGUUUAAUAAUCGAUUAUGCAGUUUUGGAUUCAUUAAAGAGAUGGAAGAUACAGACACUGGCAUUCCUUUCCUGCACAUUCUGAAGAGUUCUGCAGAGAAAGUGUUUCUUCUUUCCCUGAGGGGGGAAACUUAUCAUCCAGCACUGCCUUAACUUUGACUGCCAAGGAGGGACUGUGUCUGAAGGCUUAUUUUUUAAGGCAGAAAAUAACUAUUGUGGACAAACCAAAGAGAACACACCAACUAAUACUUUUUGUAAUGAACAUGCUACAUUUUUACUUAUGUAAAUAUAAACUAUUUGUCCUUGUCAUUGUACAUGUUCAGAGAAAAUGUAUCCAUCUUUCCUAUGGGAGAGGUAGCAUAGUAGUUCAGUGGCACGAAUACCACCCAUAAAGUGAUUUCCUGAUCAAGUGGCUCAUGAGGGCUGAACAAUAGUAAUUAAAUAAUAGUAACAUUUUUAUGCCUUUUAAGGACACCAUUUGGUGAGUAAUGGGUGUGCAGUCAUACCCACUUUUGAGGUCAAUGAAUGUUAGAUUGUGAAUAAAGGUCAAUGUGGACAUUG